CACCAGACUGAAUAUAAGGGGUCCAUGUGGGUGCCUUAGUGUGUUGGGAGGCGACUGAAGUUCCAGCUUGUGGAUUGUGGAGUGCAACAUUCUUUUCACAAGGGGAACGGAUAAGAAGUAAACCGCCACCAUGAGUACGGACGCGGAGAUGGCCAUUUAUGGCAAAGCUGCUGUUUACCUUCGUAAGCCAGAAAGGGAGAGAAUUGAGGCUCAAACUGCGCCAUUUGAUGCCAAGAGUGCCUGCUACGUGGCCGAUGUCAAGGAGCUGUACUUGAAGGCAAAAAUCAUCAAGAAAGACGGUGGCAAAGUCACCGUUGAAGUCCUGGACACUAAGGAGGAGAGGACAGUAAAAGAAGAUGACGUCUAUCCAAUGAACCCUCCCAAGUAUGACAAGAUUGAAGACAUGGCCAUGAUGACCCAUCUCAAUGAAGCCUCUGUGCUGUAUAACCUCAAAGAGCGUUUUGCAGCAUGGAUGAUCUACACCUACUCUGGGUUGUUCUGUGCCACUGUGAACCCCUACAAGUGGCUCCCAGUGUACGAUUCUGAAUGCGUAAGUGCCUAUAGAGGCAAGAAGCGUAUGGAGGCUCCACCCCACAUCUUCUCUGUCUCUGACAACGCUUUUCAGUUCAUGCUUACUGAUAGGGAGAACCAAUCUGUCUUGAUCACUGGAGAAUCUGGUGCUGGAAAGACUGUGAACACCAAGCGUGUCAUCCAGUACUUUGCAACAAUCUCAGUUGGUGGACCCAAGAGGGACGAAUCAAAGGGGUCACUGGAGGAUCAGAUUAUUGCAGCCAAUCCCCUGCUGGAGGCCUAUGGUAACGCCAAAACUAUCAGGAAUGACAACUCUUCUCGUUUUGGUAAAUUCAUCAGAAUCCAUUUCGGCACAACUGGCAAACUGGCUAGUGCUGAUAUUGAGACAUAUCUGCUGGAGAAAUCAAGAGUGACAUACCAGCUUUCUGAUGAAAGAGGCUACCACAUCUUCUUCCAGAUGAUGACCGGUCACAUCCCUGCUAUACUUGAAAUGGCCCUCAUCACAACCAACCCCUACGACUUCCCCAUGUGUAGCAUGGGUCAGAUCGCUGUGGCCAGCAUUGAUGACAAAGUUGAGCUGGAAGCAACUGAUAAUGCCAUUGAUAUCCUGGGCUUCACUGGUGAAGAGAAGGUGAGCAUCUACAGGAUGACUGGUGCUGUGCUCCACCAUGGUAACAUGAAGUUCAAGCAGAAGCAGCGUGAGGAGCAGGCUGAGCCUGAUGGCACAGAGGAGGCUGACAAGGUUGCUUACUUGCUGGGUCUGAACUCUGCUGACAUGCUCAAGGCUCUGUGCUAUCCCAGAGUGAAGGUUGGAAAUGAGUAUGUCACCAAGGGACAGACUGUACCUCAGGUAAUGAACGCAGUGCCUGCCUUGGCCAAGUCGAUCUAUGAGAGGAUGUUCUUGUGGAUGGUCGUCCGUAUCAACCAGAGUUUGGACACUAAACAAGCAAGACAGUUCUACAUUGGUGUCCUGGAUAUUGCUGGCUUUGAAAUCUUUGACUUCAACACCUUGGAACAGCUGUGCAUCAACUUCACCAAUGAAAAACUGCAACAGUUCUUCAACCACACUAUGUUUGUCUUGGAGCAAGAGGAGUACAAGAAGGAGGGUAUUAUCUGGGAUUUCAUUGACUUUGGCAUGGACUUGGCUGCUUGCAUUGAGCUUAUUGAAAAGCCCAUGGGAAUCUUCUCCAUCCUUGAAGAGGAGUGCAUGUUCCCCAAGGCCACAGACACAUCCUUUAAGAACAAGCUGUAUGACCAGCAUCUUGGCAAAAACAAAGCAUUUGAGAAGCCUAAGCCUGCAAAGGGCAAGAUUGAGGCCCACUUCUCCCUGGUACACUAUGCUGGUACUGUGGACUACAAUAUCGCUGGCUGGCUGGACAAGAACAAGGAUCCACUGAAUGACUCUGUCAUUCAGCUGUACCAGAAAUCCCCAGUGAAACUGCUGGCUGUUCUGUAUCCUCCCGUCGUUGAGGAAACUGGUGGUGCAAAGAAGGGUGGCAAGAAGAAGGGCGGUUCCAUGCAGACUGUGUCUUCACAGUUUAGGGAGAACUUGGGCAAGCUGAUGACUAACUUAAGGAGCACCCAUCCUCACUUUGUGCGCUGCCUGAUUCCCAAUGAGUCAAAGACUCCAGGUCUGAUGGAAAACUUCCUGGUCAUCCACCAGCUCAGGUGUAACGGUGUGCUGGAGGGUAUCAGAAUCUGCAGGAAAGGUUUCCCCAGCAGAAUUCUCUAUGCUGACUUCAAGCAGAGGUACAAGGUGCUGAAUGCCAGUGUCAUCCCCGAGGGCCACUUCAUUGACAACAAGAAGGCUUCAGAGAAGCUGCUUGGGUCAAUUGAUGUAAAUCAUGAUGAGUACAAAUUUGGACACACUAAGGUGUUCUUCAAGGCCGGUCUGCUGGGUGUCCUAGAGGAGAUGAGAGAUGAAAAACUGGCAUCUCUGGUCACCAUGACACAGGCUUUGUGCCGUGGUUUCCUCAUGAGAAGAGAGUUUGUGAAGAUGACAGAGAGGAGGGAUGCUGUAUUUACCAUCCAGUACAAUGUCCGCUCAUUCAUGAAUGUCAAACACUGGCCAUGGAUGAAGGUGUACUACAAGAUCAAGCCUUUGCUGAAGAGUGCUGAAACUGAGAAGGAGCUUGCAUCUAUGAAGGAGAACUUUGAUAAGAUGAAAACUGACUUGGCUGCGGCCCUGGCAAAGAAGAAGGAACUGGAAGAGAAGAUGGUGUCCCUUCUGCAGGAGAAGAAUGAUCUGCAGCUGCAAGUAGCAUCUGAAUCAGAGAAUCUGAAUGAUGCUGAAGAGAGAUGUGAGGGACUCAUCAAGAGUAAGAUUCAGCAGGAGGCCAAACUCAAAGAGACAACUGAGAGACUGGAGGAUGAAGAGGAAAUCAACGCUGAGCUCACUGCCAAGAAGAGAAAGCUGGAGGAUGAAUGCUCUGAGCUCAAGAAGGAUAUUGAUGACCUGGAACUUACCUUGGCCAAAGUGGAAAAAGAGAAACAUGCCACAGAGAACAAGGUUAAGAACCUGACUGAGGAGAUGGCCUCUCAAGAUGAGAGCAUUGCUAAGCUGACCAAGGAAAAGAAAGCCCUUCAGGAGGCUCAUCAGCAGACUCUUGAUGAUCUGCAGGCAGAGGAAGACAAAGUCAACACUCUGACCAAGGCCAAGACCAAGCUUGAGCAGCAAGUGGAUGAUCUCGAGGGUUCUCUGGAGCAAGAGAAGAAGCUCCGUAUGGACCUUGAGAGAGCCAAGAGAAAGCUCGAGGGUGAUCUGAAACUGGCCCAAGAAUCCAUCAUGGAUCUCGAGAAUGACAAGCAGCAGUCUGAUGAGAAGAUCAAAAAGAAGGACUUCGAAAACAGUCAGUUACUUAGCAAGAUUGAAGAUGAGCAGUCACUGGGUGCUCAGCUCCAGAAGAAGAUCAAGGAGCUCCAGGCUCGUAUUGAGGAACUGGAGGAGGAGAUUGAGGCUGAGCGUGCUGCUCGUGCCAAGGUAGAGAAGCAGAGAGCUGACCUCUCCAGGGAACUUGAAGAGAUCACUAAGUACGAAACUGAUGCUAUCCAGCGCACUGAGGAGCUUGAGGAAUCCAAGAAAAAACUCGCUCAGCGUCUUCAGGAGGCUGAAGAGCAGAUUGAGGCAGUGAAUUCCAAGUGUGCUUCUCUUGAGAAAACCAAACAGAGGCUCCAGAGUGAGGUGGAGGACCUCAUGAUUGAUGUGGAGAGGGCCAAUGGGCUGGCUGCCAACCUGGACAAGAAGCAGAGGAACUUUGACAAGGUGUUGGCAGAGUGGAAACAGAAGUACGAGGAGGGUCAGGCAGAGCUUGAGGGAGCACAGAAGGAGGCUCGUUCUCUCAGCACUGAGCUGUUCAAGAUGAAGAACUCGUAUGAGGAAUCUCUGGAUCAGCUGGAGACCAUGAAGCGGGAAAACAAGAACCUGCAACAGGAGAUCUCAGAUCUGACUGAACAGAUUGGUGAGACUGGCAAGAGCAUCCAUGAGCUGGAGAAGUCCAAGAAGCAGGUGGAGACCGAGAAGGCUGAGAUCCAGACGGCUCUUGAAGAGGCUGAGGGAACUCUGGAACACGAAGAGUCUAAGAUCCUGCGUGUCCAGCUGGAACUCAACCAGAUUAAGGGUGAGGUUGACCGGAAGCUGGCAGAGAAAGAUGAGGAGAUGGAGCAGAUCAAGAGGAACAGCCAGAGGGUGAUUGACUCCAUGCAGACCACUCUGGAUUCUGAGGUCAGGAGCAGAAACGAUGCCCUGAGAAUCAAGAAGAAGAUGGAGGGAGACCUGAAUGAGAUGGAGAUUCAGCUGAGCCACGCCAAUCGGCAGGCUGCUGAGUCCCAGAAGCAGCUGAGGAAUGUGCAGGCGCAGCUGAAGGAUGCACAACUGCACCUUGAUGAUGCUGUCAGAGCACAGGAAGACUUCAAGGAACAAGCUGCUAUGGUGGAUCGCAGGAACGGUCUGAUGGUAGCUGAAAUCGAGGAACUAAGAGCUGCUCUGGAACAGACAGAGAGAAGUCGCAAGUCAGCUGAACAGGAGCUGGUGGAUGCCAGUGAGCGUGUUGGACUUCUGCACUCUCAGAACACAAGCCUUCUGAACUCCAAGAAGAAGCUCGAGUCUGACCUGGUCCAGGUCCAGAGUGAAGUGGAUGACACUGUUCAGGAAGCAAGAAAUGCAGAGGAGAAGGCCAAGAAGGCCAUCACUGAUGCUGCUAUGAUGGCUGAGGAGCUGAAGAAGGAGCAGGAUACCAGCGCUCACCUGGAGAGGAUGAAGAAGAACCUGGAGGUUGCUGUUAAGGACCUGCAGCACCGCCUGGAUGAAGCUGAGAACUUGGCCAUGAAGGGUGGCAAGAAGCAGCUCCAGAAACUUGAGUCCAGGGUGCGUGAACUGGAGGCAGAGGUCGAGGCUGAGCAGAGACACGGAGCAGAUGCCAUUAAGGGUGUCCGUAAAUAUGAGAGGAGGGUGAAGGAGCUCACCUAUCAGACUGAGGAGGACAAGAAAAACGGUGCCAGGCUGCAGGAUCUGGUUGACAAAUUGCAGCUGAAGGUCAAGGCCUACAAGAGGCAGGCUGAGGAGGCGGAGGAGCAGGCCAACGUCCAUCUUUCCAAGUGCAGGAAGGUUCAGCAUGAGCUGGAGGAGGCUGAGGAGCGCGCUGACAUCGCAGAGUCCCAGGUCAACAAGCUGAGGGCAAAGAGCCGGGACUCUGGCAAGGGAAAAGAAGCAGCAGAGUAAAACACACAAGAGUUUGGCUGUAUUGAAUCAUAUAAUAUGAAAUAAUUCUUGCCGAAAUAAUAAAAGUGAAUCUGUUGAUAUUAAA